AUGGCAAGGAACCCUUUCUCUCUCUCUGUGAUAAGGACUGCAUCAGUGAAAUUGCCCAGCAAGACAGGCCUGAGGAACUCCAACACUGCUGAAGAGAGAAACACAGACUUGAUCAUGACUGACAGCAGUAUGCUAGUGACUGACACCGGAAGGAGUCUUUUGGGAGAUUCUUCUGUUCUUGAUUCAAAAAUUAUAGAAACUUCCAAGGAGAAUAUAUUUAUUGGAUUGGCUUCAGAUGUUGAAGAGGAAAUGCCUCAGAUUGAAACCAGAGUGGUUUUAGUUCAGGAAGCUGGGAAACGCGAGGAACUCUUGAAAGCCUUGGAGACCAUUAAGAUAAUGGAAGUCCCAGUUAUAAAGAUAAAGGAAACUAGUCCUGGUAAAUCGGAAGAAAAACUAAUAAAAAGUAUAAUUCAUAUGGAAAUUAAAGUGCCCUAUAUAAAGAUGGAAUCGGUGGAAGAGUUUGGGGAUUCUGAGUCUCCAGAAUUUGAGACAGUCUUCGUUGUAGCAGACUUUCAAGAUUCCAUCUUGGAGAACUUGUGCAAGUUUGACUGUCGUGUUCUUGGACCUCCAAUAGUACUUCAUUGUGCUCAAAAAGGAGAGCCUCUACCUUUCUCAUGUCGUCCAUUGUACUGUGCAAGUAUGUUGAAUCUGGUACUGUGCUUCACAGGAUUCAGGAAGAAAGAAGAACUAGUUAAGCUGGUGACCUUGGUUCAUCAUAUGGGUGGAAUUAUUCGAAGGGACUUCAGUUCAAAAGUUACACAUCUGGUGGCUAAUUCUACGCAAGGAGACAAAUUCAGACUUGCUGUGAGUCUGGGAACUCCUAUUGUGAAAGCUGAGUGGAUUUACAAGGCUUGGGAGAGAAGGAAUGAAAUUGACUUCUGUGCGGCUGAUGAGGAAUUCAGAAAUGAGUUCAAGGUUCCCCCAUUCCAGGACUGCAUGUUAAGUUUCCUUGGAUUUUCCGAUGAAGAGAGAAUUAACAUGGAAGAAAUGACAAAAAUGCAAGGUGGGCAGUACUUGCCAGUUAGUGAUGACAGGUGCACACAUCUGGUUGUUGAAGAAAAUACAGUAAAAGAUCUCCCAUUUGAGCUUCCAAAAAAACUUUAUGUUGUAAAGCAAGAGUGGUUCUGGGGAAGCAUUCAGAUGGAUGCCAGAGCUGGAGAAUCCAUGUACUUAUUUGAAAAGCCAGAGAGUCCUGAACUCAAAAAGUCAGUGUCACAACUUUCUCUGAAUACCCCAAAUAGCAAUCGCAAGAGACGUCGCUUGAGAGAGACCCUUGCACAGCUCACCAGAGAAACUGACCUGACACCAUUCCCUCCUCGGAAACGCCCGUCAGCUGAGCAUUCCCUUUCUAUGGGGUCUUUACUGGAUAUUUCUAACACACCAGAGUCCAGCAUUACCAAUGGAGAAACGCCAAAAUCAUGUUCAAAGCCUUCCAAAAAUUCAACUCCUCUGCCUGCAAAACAGUCUGCAAGAUGGCAGGUUGCAAAGGAACUAUAUCAGACAGAAAGUAACUAUGUAGAUAUUCUGACAACAAUUAUUCAGUUAUUUCAAGUUCCAUUGGAAAAAGAAGGGCAGCUUGGAGGACCUAUCCUUGCACAGGAGGAAAUUAAGACCAUAUUUGGCAGCAUUCCAGACAUCCUUGAUGUGCACACUAAAAUAAAGGAAGACCUUGAAGACCUUAUGAUAAACUGGGCUGAAAGCAAAAGUAUUGGGGAUGUCAUUCUUAAAUAUUCAAAAGACUUGUUGAAAACAUACCCUCCUUUUGUGAACUUCUUUGAAAUGAGCAAAGAAACUAUUAUGAAAUGUGAAAAACAGAAGCCACGGUUUCAUGCUUUUCUAAAGAUAAACCAAGCCAAACCAGAGUGUGGCCGUCAAAGCUUGGCUGAACUACUCAUUCGACCAGUUCAACGGUUACCUAGUGUUGCUUUACUUCUAAAUGACCUUAAGAAACAUACAGCAGAAGACAACCCAGACAAAGGCAUGCUAGAGAGAGCCAUUGAAUCGUUAAAGGAAGUGAUGACACACAUUAAUGAAGACAAAAGAAAAACAGAAGCACAAAGACUGAUCUUUGAUGUUGUGUAUGAAGUUGAUGGAUGUCCAGCCAAUCUCUUGUCGUCUCACCGAAGCUUAGUUCAGCGAUUGGAAACAGUUGCACUUGGCGAUGACCUCUGUGACAGAGGAGAACAGGUCACGCUCUUUCUGUUUAACGACUGUCUAGAGAUUGCAAGGAAACGGCACAAAGUUAUCAGUGCUUUCAAGAGCCCCCAUGGCCAGACCAGACCCCCAGCAUCUCUCAAGCACAUUGUUCUCAUGCCUCUCUCGCAGAUCAAGAAAGUGCUAGACAUCAGGGAGACAGAAGACUGCCACAAAGCUUUUGCCUUGGUUGUGCGGCCACCAACAGAACAGAACAACUUGUUGUUCAGUUUUCAGAUGACGACUGAGGAGCCUCCUAAAGAGGAUUGGCUGAAGAUGCUGUGUCGGCAUCUAGCGAACACAAUUUGUAAAGCAGAUGCUGAAAACCUUAUUUACACUACUGAUCCUGAUUCAAUUGACAUAAAUACGAAAGAUGUGGACAGUACGUUGAGUAGGGCAUCCAGGGCAAUAAAGAAAACAUCAAAAAAGGUUACAAGAGCAUUCUCUUUCUCCAAAACACCAAAGAGAGCUCUUCGAAGGGCUUUAAUGGCACACAAUACAGUAGAAGGAAGGAGUCCCUGCUCAUCUAGUGAAAGAUACUUGGGCAGCCGCCUGACCAGUACAUCCUCGUUAGCAAUUGCUCGUUCCUCUUCUACAUACAGCCUAAAUGGAUCUGUCAAACAUGUCGUUAGUGUUCAGCGCUCCAAUUCUGUUGAUGGGAGCUCUCAAAGUUCCAGGUCUCGACCUGUGCUCUGUCCUGACUCUCCAACUAGCCGUCCUUCACAUGCCAGAGAAGGAAAAACUCUUUCCAGCCCUGAGAGGUUAAAUGGCCACUCGUUGGCCAGACCAUGUCCCAUUCCUGUCAUUAUUACCACUUGUGAUGUAGGAGAUGACCGGAGUGGUGUUGAGAACAGUUCCGUCGUCAAACCCUGA